CUCGCGGAUCGCGGAUCCCUCUAUAGCUGCAGUCACUGCACCGACUGGCCGUCUUCUGCUCGCACUUCAAGCCACAGACGGUACUAACGGAGAACUUCAAACGUAGGGGGAAACGCUACCCUUGAAGUAUCAUAUAGUUAUGGCGAAGUUCGAAGUCAACCCCGUUCACGCUUUAAAGUCACUUCAUUUUGAUUCUUUAUGAGACUAGAAAUCAAAGCCAUUGUUUUGGUUACCGAGAAAUCAGCUGAUCUGAGGAUCAGGCGGUUUGCGAUCUGCACCGCAUGUUCGCGAGAAAAAGAUGAAGAAGCUGAGAAUCGUGUGUGAAUUUCGGAUGUUUAAAUGUGGACGGAUUCAAUUAUCGAACGCGGAUAGUAAACACUGAGAAGGCAGUGAGUUUAUAUAAAAAAUCGCCCAUAAUUAUAAAAUAUUUUUUGUUCUCAAUAGAUUUGGGAUUUUGCGAAUGCGAUUAUAUUUUAACGGUUACUUAUUGAAAUGCAAUGUUUGCAAUGUUGAAAAGUGCGUAGCUUUACCUUGUUUUGAUAUUGCAUAUAAUUACUGAUUUAAUUUAUUGACAUUAAUAUGAGAAUAAGUUGAAUAAGUUGAAUAUACAUUUUCUCAAAUUCACCUUUUUUUAGAAAUUUAAAAAAAUUUUAAACCCGCCGAUUUAUACCUGCGCAGACGAUUUGGAAUCAGAAACGCGCGCGCACGUGGGUAAAAGUGACAUUGUUAUUGUUAUAGGUUAUGUAGUUUUGAAGAAGUAAGAUGCACACGAUUUGUACUUGUAAAUAUAUGUUUUAUAUUUUGUAAAUAAAAUUUGUACAAAAAAAUGGAUAACAAUAACGUCAAAUCUGAUUCGAUUACCAAAGUCGAAGAAAGUAUUGAGUCAUGUAAUUUAGAUACUGAUCAAAAUAGACAAUCAACUACAGAAACUACUUUGAGUAAACGACAGCUAAAGAAAAUUAGAAAAAAAGAAAAAUGGUUGAAAUUAAAACCUGAAAAAAGGUUACGAGAGAGGGCUAAGGCAAAGGAGAAACGAGCCUUUGCAAGAGCCAACAAUCUGGACCUUGGACCCUCUAGGAAAUAUUUAAAAAGUUGUACAAUGGCUGAUAGCCCAUGUAAAUUAAAUGUGACAAUUGAUUUGUCAUUUGACGAGCUUAUGAUUAGCAAGGACAUUGCUAAGUUAAUUAAACAGAUUUUAAGAUGCUAUACCCUUAACAGGCGAGCUGUUGCACCAUUGCAGUUUUCCUUGACAAGCUUUGAAGGCAAAUCAUUAGAUGAAAUGGGUAAACAUAAUGGAUACGAGCAUUGGGAUGUAAAGUUUUAUUCAAAAAGUUACUUGGAUAUUUUUCCCAAAGAUAAAAUAGUGUACCUGACUAGUGAAUCUGAAAACAUUAUAGAAGAAUUAAAUAAUGACCAUGUGUAUGUGAUUGGUGGACUUGUUGAUCAUAAUUGUCAAAAGGGGCUAUGCCAUAGGUUGGCUGUGGAAAAAGGUAUAAACCAUGGAAGACUUCCAUUAGAUAAAUUUUUACAAAUGAAGGCAAGAAAAGUAUUAACUGUUGAUCAUGUAUUUGAAAUAAUCCUAAGGGUAACAGAAGGAAAAACUUGGCAAGAGGCAUUUUUGCAAGUUUUACCUGAACGCAAAAACGCUCAGCCAGUUUUAAAAGAUACGGCAAGUAAUUCGGACGACUCACAAUCGAAAAAUGAGACUGACGAAGUAGAGGCGGAAGGUGAAACAACCAGUUAGCAACGAUGUAAACCAUUGUAGUAAAUCAACAUUGAUGAACAAGGCCUUUUGAAAUUGAUGUUCUUUAUUUAAACGGAUGUUGAGAUUGUUUGUUUGUAUUUGUUUCGUGACACACAAACACUCUUGUUACAUAAACACGUUUAAUUAUUUUUUCCUUGCAUUUGUACUCGAUUAUUCUAGAGAGAACUGUACAUACUUCAUUUUUGAAUCUUAAAAAUAUUAAAUACGUUUACGCUACUUAUGUGACUAAA